AUGGGGGCAAAGUCAAAUCAUGUCUUGUCACGAUUAAUAAAUGAUCUUCCUGGGGAUUUCUGGAUUGGCCUCAAAUACUCUGGUGAACGGUGCUCUGAUGCAUCGAGUGUUUUGAAAGGGUACACUUGGACAACAGGAAACAACACAUCUGAUUACAAAAACUGGAAAAAUAAUGGCAGCGUGUGUUCUCCACACUGCAUGUCAGUGUCCAGAGAAGAUCUCACAUGGACUGAGCGACCGUGCAGCGACGCUGUUCAAGGAUAUCUGUGUGAGUACAAGGAUCCCGAGAUGUGUGACAGGUUGCCGUCGGAUGGCAAAACGUCCGUUCUCUAUACAACGCAUCGGGGAUUUGAGGGAGAGAAUCUAGUUUCAAUUACACAAGGGAGCAUCGGAACGCAUAGGCCAGAGGGAACAAGGCAUCUUUGUGUUUCCCAUACGUGGCUUAAAGCUCCUUGGAGCUGUGAAGUUCUCUCGGGUGGCUGCGAACAAAACUACAUAAUGAAUGGCACAGACUUCGAGUGCACCUGCUUGGACGGUUAUGUAAUAGCAGAAAACGGGGUCAGCUGCAUCAAAGCACCAGAGGACCCCUGUGACCAGUGUGAACAGCAAUGCUCUAAGGUAAAUAAUACAGUUCAGUGUCAUUGUGACCAUGGAUACGAACUGGGCAAAGACGGGAAGAGUUGUGAUGACAUCGAUGAACGUGCCGAUAAAAGUCGGUGUUCAGGAGAACACAUGGAGUGUGUCAACAAAAAUGACUCAUUUGAGUGUCGCUGUGAGAGCGGCUACGAGAUGAAUAAUAACACAUGUACUGACCUAAACGAAUGCGCAUCAUGUCCGUGUGAGCAUAAGUGUAUCAAUACAAACGGAGGCUUCUACUGCGUUUGUGUCACGGCCUGCACCUCCAUUUUGUUUUGUUCGGUCUUUGUGCUCUUGUUCUGUCUGUCUCCGCCCCUCACGUGA